CACCCUCAGACUCGUCAUCCUGACACAAUCCCGCCAGAAUAAUUAAAAUAAAGAUAAAAACGAACACCGCGGAGGAAACACCGCCCGUCAUUGAACGCAACAGAAGACCGGUUUUCAUAGCAACGGGCUACAACAGAAAAAGAAGAUGGUUCACAUCACAGAAGAGCUGAUCCGCCGGCGGGCGGAGCACAACGACGGUGAGCUCUUCUCCCUGGAGGAAGUCUCUCUGCAUCAGCAGGACAUCGAGAGGAUCGAACACAUCGACAGGUGGUGUCGCCACCUGAGGAUCCUCUACCUGCAGAACAACCUCAUCCCCAAAAUCGAGAAUCUGGGUCGCCUGAAGAAGCUGGAAUAUUUAAAUCUGGCCUUAAACAACAUCGAAGUCAUUGAAAACCUGGAGGGCCUCGAGAGCCUCCGGAAGCUGGACCUGACUCUGAACUUCGUGGGUCUCCUGAGCAGCGUGGAGUCUCUGAAACACAACGUCCACCUGAGGGAGCUGUUCUUGGUGGGGAACCCCUGCUCAGAGUUCCAGGGCUGCAGGCGCUUUGUUGUGGCUGCGCUGCCUCAGAUUCAGUGGCUGGACGGGACCGAGGUCAGCCGCUCGGAGCGGAUCAGAGCCGCUCAGGGCCUGGAGGAGGUGAGGAGACGAGUCGGGGAGCAGGAGAGGGAGUACCUGAGGAGGAGGGCAGAGGAGAAGGAGGAGGCGCGCAGAAAAUCUGUUAAAGAGGAGAAGCAGAAGAACGCAGCGUCACUGGAGAACAAGGACCAGGAGCUGAAGGAGGACCAGGAGCUGAAGGAGGACCAGGAGCUGGAGGAGGACCAGGAGCUGAAGGAGGACCAGGAGCUGAAGGAGGACCAGGAGCUGAAGGAGGACCAGGAGGAGCGGGAGUUCUGGCACACGCCGGACAAAGAGAAGAAGCCGAAAACACAGAGGACUCUGAUCACAGCCGAAGGACGAGUGCUGAACGUCAACGAGCCCAAGCUGGAGUUUUCUUUAACCGAAGAUGAAGACAACAACACGAUCAUUUUGGACCUGGCUGUUAACAGACUCUUGGACACCUCCCUGAUGRACGUCGACGUUCAGCCGACGUUCUCCAGAGUCACGAUCCGAGGAAAGGUGUUUCAGGUGGUUCUGCCCGCCGAAGUGAAGCCCGACAGCUCGACGGCUCAGAGGUCCCAAACCACCGGACACCUGGUCCUGACCAUGCCCCGGGCCAAAGGUGAAAUCAGAGUUAAGGAAGCGGCCCGGCRGCCAGGAAGAACGGGUCGGAACAAACGCAGCAGCUGGACGGAGAACAGAGAGAUUAAAGCUCCUGAGAGGCUGGAGGUGGAUCCCAGCAGAUCUGUCAAUGUCUUCAACAUCGUCCCACAGCGGGGCGGCGCUGAAGGCCCGCUGCAGACCCCCAGAACCGGUCCAGGUCCUCCCACUGCUGAGGGACAGCUCUCUGAGGAGUUUGUGGACGACUCCGAGGUCCCACCGCUCAUAUAAGGUUUCUUUAAACAACAACAAAUAAACAAAUAACUUCCUGCAGCAGCUGAAACUCUGAUGGACUAAUUCAGAUCAUCAGUUCUGUAMAAACUAAAUGUGAUCAGAAAGUUCAUUUCAGUUCAUUAAAGGGGCAAUAUCAUGUAAAA